CAUGCGACAUCGACAACGGCAACGAACAUUUUGGCCAUUUGCUUCCUCACCACAUAUCGACUUACUCACCUACAAGCUAUCAACUAUUAAUUCAUAAAGAUGCCUGCUGCCGACUCGCGCUCGCCGUCACCCGUUCCCGCCCCUCCCAUCGCAGACACGCCCGGUCCACGCGCUCAAGGUCUCGUCAACAUCUUCAACCAGGCCGUAAAGGCGACGCUGGAUAAAUGCUCACCCGCAAAUUUUGCGUCAUGCUUCCCUACUGCCGCCCAAUAUAGUCCCGAGGUGCUUGAGAACCUCAGAAGUCAGAUCGUGGAUCAGCUGGAUCGCACCUGGAAGACAAAUUUUGACGAUAUCAUGGCAAGGCGAAAUGUUGUGCAACUACUCAAUUCGCUGGAUCAAUGCAUUGAAGAUGCGAGGCUAAGGAAGAAACGCGCCGAGGCGAAUGCAAACGGUGGACCAGUAGAGAGACCAAUUCCGCCUCACACGCUGUCACCCGCCGAGAUACACAUGGCCCAUCUUUUACCCUUUCUGGAGAACCAGUCUACCGAAAUGACUACGCGCCUUGCCGAAACACAAACAGCCAAUACCGAACUCCUCUCCACAGUUACUGCGCAGCGCGCUGAAAUCGUAGCUCUGGUGCAUAGUCUGGAGGGUGUUGUUCGGGAUCUUGAAGCUAGCGCGCUUGUGAUGGGACAAGACGAAGUGCAAAAUUUGAGCAAAGAAACGAAAGAACUGGAGAUAGCCAUGAAGGAAUGA